AUUCGCAUUCAUCGCAUUCGUUCAAGACAUACUGUUCAGAUGGCUGGCCCUUUCUAUAAUGACCGGUAUUCCCCCUUCCCAGACCGACGAAACCGAUAAUCUGGAUCGUCGAAGCUCGCACCUACCUGCUGGGAAGUACGCACAGGUUACUUAGUUGACCCCCUUCGCCGCCGGGCAAAGAAGUGGUGCUCGAUUAGAUCACGACUUCCCAGAAAACUUCCCAAAAGUCGACCAUGACUUGACAACAACAAAACCCGGCGUUCGUUCCUGCUUCUUGCUUCUUGUUUUGGAACCAUUAGGCCCUCAGAAGUUUUGGUUAUGAAUCCGUCCCCUUCGACCUUUUGAACUCUUCCACUUACUUCGCCCAAAGACCCCCAGUUUGAAUACGGCUUCAUAUGGUUAUCCAACAGACACUCGCUCGUUGUUUAUCUCUCAGACUACUUAUCUCAUCAUCCCUUAUUGAUGGUUAUUCCAGACUACUUCACCAUGUUUAACCAACGGAUCUGGCGUCAAGAAGCUCAAGGGGAGGAGCCCCAGCAACAACCGACACCAUCGGCCUCCACAGAACCUCAGCAGAAUGCCGGGGCUCAGCAACAGACGACCCCUCGGGACGGCAGCGAUUCGAGUGAGAGCAGUUUACACAUCGUUGAGGACUACUGGUUCGGUCCGAACAGCCCAUCGAGGAAUGAUCAACAAAAGUCGACUUCUCAACAACCCCCUCCUCAACUGCUUCCCUACGUGGAAGACCCCAAUGCUAUCGAACUCGAGAAUAUCAACCCGCAACAGGCUUCCGGGGCUCAGCUACAGAAGACCCCUCGGGACGGCAGCGAUUCGGGUGAGAGCAAUUUAGAAAUCGUUAAGGACUAUGUCGAGAAUCUUCCCCAACCUCCUCCUCAACUGAACCCCAACGCGGCGGAAGACCCCAUUGCUAUCGAACUCGAGAAUAUCAACCCGCAACAGACCCGUGCCGGAGGCAAUCAGCAGCAGCAGGUCCAGGAACCACCCAAGGCCGAUGAUGGCACCGCCAUCAACAUCGAGGUCAGAGGCUUCGCUGGGACUCUAGUACUUCGUUUUCUGGCGUCAUUUUGCAUAUCUAAUACCAAGAAUCGGCAGCGGCGAGAAAACUUUGCUCCUGCUCAAGCCGACGGCGGCGGCGACGACGUUGACGGAGAUAUCGCACCCGAUCUUGGCCCUCCUCGUCCUCCGCAGGACCUACCUGUCAAGGGAUAUAUCUUUCUCUGCUUAGGGUAAGUUGCCAGCCAGUCUCUGUUCCUCCCUCCUGACCUUCGCUGACAAUGAUCCCUUCAGAGUCGGUUUCGGUCUCUUCCUUUCCAUGCUAGACACCACCAUCGUAGCCACCAGCCUGUACGAAAUCGGCCGCGAAUUCGACAAGCUAGACGCCGUGAACUGGGUUGCGCUGGCGUACACCUUAGCCUUCGUCGGGUGUGCCAUCUUGUUCGCCAAGGUGUCGGACGUGGUG